AUGGUUAUGUCAAACUGUUCCCUUAAAGUUGCUGUCAUAUGUUCAAGCAACAUGAACCGAAGUAUGGAAGCACAUGCUUUCUUGAGUAAAAAAGGAUUCAAUGUCAAAUCAUAUGGCACUGGCGAUAAAGUUAAAUUACCUGGAAAUGCACCUGAUCGACCAAAUGUUUACGAUUUUGGAACAACUUACGACGAAAUUUACAAUGAUUUGUCGAGUAAAGACAGACAAUAUUAUACUCAAAACGGUCUUUUACACAUGCUGGAUCGCAAUCGAAGAAUAAAACUAAAGCCAGAAAGAUUUCAAACUUCAAAUGAAAAAUUUGAUAUCCUUAUUACUUGUGAAGAAAGAGUAUAUGAUCAAGUAAUAGAAUGUAUGGAAUUAAAAUUAUCUCAAAAUAAUGAAGCUGUUCAUUUAAUUAAUAUCGAUAUCCAAGAUAAUCAUGAGGAUGCUACAGUUGGAUCAUUCUUAAUCUGUGAAUUAGUACAAUUGCUUGCUAAGAGUGGUGAUCUGGACAACGAUAUAGAUGAACUUCUACACGAAUUUGAAUCAAAGUUUGAUAAAACAGUCUUACAUACAGUGUUGUUUUAUUGAUUCUGUAUGAAGAUAUACAUAGUUUAUAUAAUAAAGAGAAAAUAUUUAAAAUUAAACUCAUUUCUUCCUAUAUUUCAAAUCAAUAUCUAAAAAUUAUCACAUUAUAAGGUGGUACAAAAACUAUUUCGGCUGGCCAUUUUAUUUUUCUUUAGGUUAUAUACUAGAUACAGAACUGAAUAGACA